UUAAAAUUUGCAUAUUUUUAAUUUUUUAAAAUUUAAAUUUAAAAUUUUAAUAUUUUGAUUUCAAAUUUUAUAUAAAGUUUUAAAUUUUUAAUUUUAAAAUUGGAAUUCUUAAUUUUAGUAUUUAAAUUUUUAUUUUUUAUUUUACGUUUCCAUUUUUAAAAAUGUUUGGUUGCAGCAUGUUAGAAAUUCCUUUGCCGGCUAACGUAGUAAAUCUAUAUGGCUCAACCAAGGCCGCGGAUGGCCUCGCAUGUCCAGUGACUAUGGGAAAUCUGCUGUCCAAGUCUGGCGAUUCGUCAUCCGUUCGAGAGGGAGCCGCGUUCAGACCCGACUUUUCACGAAAUUUCUUAACCAGUUACCGUGUUGUGUGCCAAAUCGGUAAAGGAGCGUUUGGGUCCGUUUACAAGGUGUUCGAUCGCUCUACUAAUGCCGUCUGGUGCGCCAAAGUCAUUCGCUCAAACGCGCAUUCCUCGUUGAACGAGGUGAAGGAAAUGAAGAAGUUUGAUAAUUGUCAUAUUGUUCAACUCAAAGAUGUGAUUGUGGACACGUCUAUUGGUCAUAUCUACAUUGUUAUGGAGUAUUGUGAGGGAGGAACGUUGAGGUCGUGGGUCAAAAGAAACAGGAAACAUUUCAUGCUUACAGAAUCCUUGAUACUGCAUAUGCUUUAUCAGAUAUGUCAAGCAGUGUACAGUUGUCACGAGCUGCGUACCAUUCAUCGCGAUUUGAAGCCCGAAAAUGUUCUACUCACUCGUGAUCGCACGAUCAAGUUGUGCGAUUUUGGAGUCGCCAGACACUUGGACGAAGACACGGCUGCUGCGUCCUUUUGUGGCACUCCACCAUACAUGGCACCAGAAGUGUUUCUCUCAUACAUGCGACGCUGCAAGGGGCAAACCAUCGAAGGAUACAGCUACAAAUCCGAAGUGUGGUCAAUAGGAUGCAUGCUGCUUGACAUGUCAACCGUGAAGGGAGUCUUUGUCUGUGAAAGAACGAGCCCUCUUGGCCUACUAGCUGCUGAAGCGACCCACGGGAGUCUUGCCUCUUCGAGAUCAUCACGACCGGAUAUUCAAAGACUCGUGGAGGAUGAAAUACCAGUAGAUUAUAGGAUUAUACGGCGGUUGUUGCCUCUCAUGCUGGAUCUGGAUGCUGAUAGUAGGAUCAGUUUGGAGGCCAUACUGACUGAUGGUGAUGUCAAGCGUGCGUUACAAACGCCAAAUGAACAAAGAUGGCACGACUCGUUGGGCAUCGAACUAGGAUUAUCAUCAGAAGGUACUCUUGUAUAGUAACUCAACGACAUAAACAUAAUGUCCCACGAAUGGGUGAGGCUGUGACGUCAGCCAUGUGACGCGCGAGCGCUGCACA